UUGAUUUUUCUUUUUACAGCUAAAGCUUAUAAGGUAUCUCUGAAAUUCUUGGACAAGUAUAAUAUUGGUACUAGAGCAUCAGGUUCUUUAAAACAACAUUCUAAUUCAUUGAGUAACAUCCAAAACAAGAACUUGUGGAAUGAUAUUAAGGAUGCUUUCUCUGGUGUUUACGGAGAUAAUUUUAAAAGAGCACUGAUUGAGAAUUGUGAUUCUAAUGGAGUUAAAAUUGAUUGUAGUAUUUUACUUAUGCUUGGAACUGCUGAAUAUUCAGAUCGUUUACAAAGUAACCAAACCUGUUUAUCGUCUGAUAAUAAUACAGAGUAUUGUCUCAUCCCACCAAAACUAGUUGUGGAGAAGAAAAGCUUGGAGCAUGGUAUACUUUUAUUAAAUUGUACAUCCAUUAUCUAAAGUUAAGUUCAUGUG